AUGACUCAUGGGGCUAAUUAUGGAGAAGCUCUCACGAACACUCUUUUGUACUUCGAAGCUCAACGCUCUGGAAAAUUGCCGUCGGACCAAAGAGUUAACUGGAGAGGAGAUUCUGCACUUACAGACGGUUCUGAUGUCGAUGUUAAUCUCACUGGAGGGUACUAUGAUGCUGGAGACAACAUGAAGUUUGGAUUGCCAAUGGCGUUCACGACGACAAUGCUAGCAUGGAGCAGUAUAGAGAUGGAAUCGGAGCUUAAGGCUCAUAACGAGUCCCAAAACGUCAUUGCAGCUAUCAAAUGGGCCACUGACUAUCUCAUCAACGCCCACCCUGUGCCCAAUGUUCUUUACGGACAAGUGGGAGACGGGAUCGCUGACCAUGCCUGCUGGAUGAGACCAGAGGAUAUGACAACUCCGCGUCCUUCUUACCGUAUUUAUGAGCAGCAACCAGGUGCUGACCUAGCAGGCGAGACAGCUGCAGCUAUGGCUGCAGCGUCAAUAGCCUUUGGCUCAUAUGAUAAAGACUAUUCCGCAGAACUUCUUCGUCACGCAUCUGAACUAUUUGAAUUCGCCAAGGCUCACCCCGGCGUCUACCAAAGCUCCAUACCUUACGUAAGUCCCUUCUACAAUAGCAGCGGAUACGAAGAUGAGUUAUUAUGGGCCGCGGCUUGGCUCCACCGCGCCACUAAUGACCAGAUUUAUCUCGACUAUUUAAAUGAAUUUGAGGGUACCGGAGGUCCAAGGACUGUUUUUGCAUGGGAUGAUAAAUUCGUGGGUGCACAAGUAUUGAUGGCCAGGGUAGGUUUCUAUGUUUAUUUUCAUUAACUUGUGUGACAAGAAACAAACAAAACUUUUUUUUUGUUGCUGCAAAUGC